AUUGUUAUUUUGUUUUAUUAACAUGUUGGUGCUGUUUUGUUUGUUUUGAUAACGCGUGUAAAAAUCAAAAUGGCGGCUCAGUUUACUACAAGUUUUAAUGACAUGGAAAAGCGUUUAAGUAAAAAAUAUGGCAUUAAACGUCCAUGUUAUGACGAAGAAGAUUUAAAAAAAUUAAAAACUAAUAUCGAUGAAGACUUUUCUAAAAAUCCACUUUGGAAAAGAAGUUGGUGUGAUGAAAAUCUUUUGAUAAGAUUUUUAAAAGCAAAUUCAAAUGUUGAGAAAGCAGUUGGAAAAUUAAAUGUAUAUUUCGACUGGAAAUUGGAAUGUGAUAGCAAAAAUAUUUCUCCUCAUGAUGCGGAUAUAAUAAACGAAGAGAGUCAAGGACGGUCUGUUAUUGUGAGUAAUACACGGGACCGAUGCGGACGUCCCAUCAUGUUGGUUUUCGUUCGUAAACAUGACAAAAACCACGGAAACUAUGAAAGUCUGUUCAAAUUUGUCAUUUAUCAACUUGAAGAACUUUGUAAACAAGCUGAUGAGAAUGAGUUUAAAAGUUUCGAUCUCGUGUUUGAUUUAAAUGGUUUCAGUAUGCGAAAUAUGGAUUUCCAAUAUGUCCAAACUUUUCUGCAAUACUUGAAAGAAUAUUAUCCCGAAAGACUUGGUGUAGCAUUCAUAAUAAAUUAUCCUUUUAUUUUUUAUGCAUGUUGGAAAAUUAUUAAAUUGUGGUUGAAUGACGUCAUAAAGAGUAGGAUUUUAUUUGCUGACAAAUCAUCACUUAACGAUUUUAUGGACAUUAAACAACUUCCUGGCGAUCUCUUUCCGUAGAAGAAACGCUAUGUCACACAACUAAUUGUUUUAAGUUCGGUUGUAUAUUUAUUAGUAUCUUUUUAAAAUAUUAUCCUGGGAUUAAAAAUAAACUUAUUAUACACAA